AUGUCAAGCGAGUCAAGUAACCAAUUUGAGAAACUCUCUUUAGAAUUCUCCAAUCAACAAAAUACGAUAAAUGAUUUAAUGACUGCUCGUUCUCAAUUAGAAACUCAAUAUCAAGAAAAUAAAAUUGUUCUUACAGAAUUUGAUAAUUUAAAUGAAGAUUCAAAAAUCUAUAAGUUAACUGGUCCAGUGCUAUUACCUCAAGAUUAUACUGAAGCUAAAUUAAAUGUAAGUAAAAGAAUUGAUUUUAUUGAACUGGAAAUUAAUCGUGUUGAAACCAAAAUUACUGAAGAAGAAAAGAAAAUGGAAGCUACUAGAACUCAGUUGAUGGCAAUUAAAGCUCAAAUGGGUCAAUAG